UUAUCUUAUCAGCUCUGGCUAUUGAUUGAGUGGCCGUUCUCACUCGCGCUUUGUAUGAUAGUCACGUAUCCCAUGAUGAUUACCUUGAAAGGGUUUCUCGCCAUUGCAAGUUUGGCACUAUUUUGCUCGGCAACCAACGCUGAAGUGCUGAUAAAAUUGAAGAAAUUCAACCUUGCACGCAAUGAAACCAGUGGAGAGCUUGUUUUUACUCCAAAGGAAAACAACAGAGGUGACAAAGUCGCAAAGUCAUUUUCCGUUCGUCUUGGCACACUUCUUCCUGAAAAUACAAGGAAAGACAUGUCCGACAUAGAGCAGACUAAUGUUGGAUUUUCGUAUUACUUUGGUGGGAGGCAAGCUAGAAUCGACAUCGAGUACCCCUUCCCUGAGUGCACACGAUUUACCUGGACCACGACCACUCUAAAUGAAAUCAGAGACUGCGUUGAUUAUGGAACCGCUCACUGGUUUGGUGGUCCUGAGCAGUGGGAACAGCUCUGGCCUGUGCAGAAGCUGGCCAAAACCAACUACCCAAUGCUCACUAGAGCUGCGGACAACAUGGCAGUAGCAGACCGCUACUGGCUCUCCUCAGAGGGCACUUAUAUUUUCGUGGACCCUGACGUUCCCCUGUUCAUAGACUCUAAUACAACUGAAAAUCCAAAUCAAUUAUGUUUUGUCGCAAGGUCUGAUGACCCUUACUAUGCAAUCAACCAACUUAUGCUGAGAUACACGAUUUGCUCUUUUCCCGACGUGAGAGCUGCCCAGGCGCAUGCUGUGGUAAACAUGUUUGGCUACUCGGGCUCUAUUCCGGACGAGCUGAUGUUCAGACAACCAAUCUGGUCCACCUGGGCUAGGUACAAGAAGGAUAUUAAUGAAUCGACGGUGCUGCAGUUUGCUCAGGAAAUCAUCGACAAUGGAUUCGGCAAUAGCCAGUUGGAAAUCGACGAUGACUGGGAAACAUGCUACGGUGAACUAGCGUUCAACGCAGAAAAAUUCCCUAACGCAAAGGGCAUGGUCGACAACUUGCAUCAGCUUGGCUUCAGAGUUACUUUAUGGGUCCAUCCCUUUGUCAACAUCAACUGCCCGAUAUACGCACAAGCUCUGCAAAACGGGUAUUUUGUCAGAAACUUACAGGGUAGCGCGCACACUGAGUGGUGGAACGGCAAAGACGCAGCCAUCAUCGACGUCACCAAUCCAGCGGCGAGAACUUGGUGGGCGAACAGGUUAAGCACUUUGAAGAAUGAAGUUGGCUUAGAUGGCUACAAAUUUGAUGCUGGAGAGUCUGUUGGCUUCCUUCCUCAGCUCCCUGUCUUACAGAAUUCUGAAUCCCAGUCAGAUUUCUCCAGAGCCUACUCCGAAUUCAUAAAUGAUAUCCUGCCAAACAUCGGAAGUGCUGUGGAACUCAGGUCGAUCUACAAAAACCAAAAAGCACCCCUCUUCCUACGCAUGAUCGACAAGGACACUCGCUGGGGCUUGAACAACGGCCUUCGCUCCGUGGUGACCACUCUGUUGCAGAUGAACAUCGUUGGAUAUCCUUUUGUGCUUGCGGACAUGAUCGGCGGUAACGGCUAUGGCAAUGAUGAACUUACUCCUGAGCUAUUCAUUCGGUGGCUGCAAGCUUCCACAUUUAUGCCUUCCUUGCAAUUCUCGUAUGUGCCGUGGCAGUUCAAUGACCCCACGGUGGUUGAAAUUUCGAGGAAAUUUGUUGACCUUCAUUCAAAUUAUUCUGACUGGAUCAUAAGUGCGGCCAAUACAGCUGCGCAAGGUGGUUUGCCAAUCAACAUGCCCAUCUGCUUUGCACCUUUAAAUUCAUACGACGAACGUGCUUGCGCAGUUGAUGAUGAAUACAUGUUGGGUGACCGGAUAUUAGUGGCACCUGUCAUGGAGCCCAACGCAACUUCCAGGGACGUAUACCUGCCUCAGGGGGUUUGGAGGGACAUGAACACUGACAUUUUGUACAACGGUCCCCUUCUGAUGACGAACUACCCUGCUCCGUUGGACACACUGCCCUAUUUCCUUAAUAUGAAUAUUGCCAGUUCGUCAAAGAACAUCGUCCCAAUGCUGCUGCUGCUCGUUGCAGCUUUGAAUUUUACCUUUUACUUGAAAUAAAUUUGCAUGAUAGAGCCACGUUCCAUA